UCAUUGACGUUGCUGAUGUACUCUCCUUUCUCUCCUCUCUUCAGGUUUGUUAGUGACACUCUCCUCCUAGAGGAGAUGAUGUCAGACCCUCUGCUGCAUCACUACAGUGUGGUGGUCUUGGACGAGCUCCAGGAGCGGACGGUACCCACCGACGUGCUGCUGGGUCUGCUGUGUGACGUCUGCCGUCAGAGGCCGGACAAUUUCAGGGUGGUUCUGCUCACACACCCGACGCUGGCGCCUCGACUGGCCCACUUCCUGGGACCGUCGGUGCCUCACCUCAGUCUACAGGAGCAGCUCACAGACUCUGCAGCUAGUGGUGACGAGGAGGUGAAGACUGAGGAAACGGGCAGGACUGAGGAGGAGGAGAAGGAGGAGGAGGGGAGAACUGCAGAGACAAUGUACAGGGAGCUUCCUGCUGGUAAAGACCCCGUGACUGCUGCCUGUCACAUGGUGCUGGACCUCCACAGGAGAGGAGAAGAAGGGGACUUGAUGGUGUUUCUGGCCAGUGCGCAGAACAUCGAGGAGUGUGUGUCUCUGCUGGAGAAAGAGUCCAUGGCUCUGAGUCCUCAGCUGGGAACGCUCAGGAUUCUGCCGCUUCACACAGGACUGGGAGCUCUGACUCAGAGGGUUUAUGAAUCUGACCCCGAAUCUUCCACGGUGAAGGACAAGGACACUACAGCAGGAGACGGCAGCAGCUCAGGGUCAGGAGCAGCAAGUCCUGGAGUCAGGAGGAAGGUCAUUGUUACUGACGCUCUGUCGGAGACGUCCUUCUCUCUGCCUGCCAUCCGCUACGUCAUAGACACCGGGCUUCAGCUCAAAACUGUUUACAACCCACAAAUACGAGCAAACUCCCAGGUCCUGAGGACGAUCAGUAAACACCAGGCCGACAUCAGAGCUCAGAGAGUCAACAGCCAUCUUCCUGGCCUGUGUCUCCGUCUCUACCCUCAGUCUCUGUACGACUCGGGGAUGGAGUUGUCCCACUGUCCAGGAGUGACAGAGGAGAACCUCAGUCACCUGGUUUUGCUGCUCAAGAGGCUGGACAUCGCCGACAUGGGACAGUGCAAGUUCCUGGACAGACCAGCUCCCGAGGCCUUGAUGCAGGCCUUGGAAGACCUGGAUUACCUGGCAGCUCUGGACGAUGACGGUAACCUGUCUGAGGUCGGCAUCAUCAUGUCCGAGCUGCCGCUAGAGCCCCCUCUGGCUAAAGCUCUGAUUGCAGCCUGUGAGUACGACUGCGUGGACGAGCUGCUUACCAUCGCAGCCAUGCUAACAGCUCCGUCCUGUUUUUUGAUGGCUGAAGCCUGCAGAGAAGAAGCUGCCGUCACUCACUGGAGGCCACUGAUGCACACAGAGGGAGAUCACAUGACUCUAAUAAACGUCUACAACGCCUUCCUGGCGCAUAAUCAGGACGAGUCCUGGUGCUCGGCCAACUUCCUCAACUACGCUUCCUUACGAUUGGCUACAGUGAUCAGGGCGGAGCUGCUGGAGGUGAUGCAGAGGAUAGAACUUCCUGUUUCGCCUCCUGCAUUUGGUUGCCAAGACAACUGUACCAACAUCAAGCGGGCGCUCAUCUCAGGAUUUUUUCUAAAGGUUGCUCAUGAUGUGGAUGGUUCCGGUAACUACCUCCUGCUGACUCACCGUCACGUGGCUCACCUUCAUCCCUUCUCCUCCUACCUGUGUCGACAGCCCCGCCCUGCCCCACCCAACUGGGUGCUGUACCACGAGUUCACCAUCUCCAGUGAUAACUGCAUCCGCAUCGCUUCUGAAGUCCACCCACAGAUGCUGGUGGAGCUGGCACCUCAGUAUUUCCUGGGAAACCUGCCCUCCAGCGAUGGCAAAGAGCUGCUGAUGGAGCUGAGGCAGAAACUCAACGGCGACGAACGGGACGGAGGUUUGGAUGAGCACGGACAAACCGGCAGAGACGCCGACGGGACCGGGGACGGUCACAGUCCUCCCAAUAACGACCUCUGUGUGGUGCAAUAAGACGGAGAAAAAGUCUGGGGAAAAACUGAGAGGUUCAGUUCCUUCGCUGAAGAAACACUAAUGUACAGUAAAGUAUUGUUGUCGUGUCUUCUGUACAGUCACAUGUUCGUCGUCCUCUAUGUCUCCUGGCUCUGCUGUUUUUAAAGGGUAUUUUAAAACUUUUUUUUUUGCUAAUUUAAUGAGGAAUUUCUACAUUUUUCUGUAUUGCAGAAAAAUACAUAUAUUUUUUCUAAAUUAAGCAAAAACUAGGAGCAAUAAAAACUGACCACCAAGCCAAGGCUUGACUUCCUUCGGACGCAGCUUCUCGGGGCUGGGUGGGAACCUGCAGCAGCUGAAUCUGGAUCUGUCCUUUCACAGCCUCUAUAGUUAAUGUCUACAUUGAAGAAUCUGUGUGUACUGUGGAUCCUCACGUCCUUUCUAAAAGGAAGUGGCAGGAUGAGCUUGGAAUAAAAAUGUUUUUCAUGUUGGAAA